CCAAGGUGGCGACCGCGCGAGCCUAGUUAGCCUACAUCCCGCACAUCAAUAACUAUCCUUCAACUAAAUCGUUUUUAAAACAGCCCUACGAGAGACAAUUAUUUUGUACCUACAUGAUAACACGUGACACUAUGGGUUUACACUGCUUCACCACACUUCAUCAUUGCAACCAUUUAAGAGUUCUGUUCAUUGUUUUAGCUGGAUCAGGUGUUCUGUUUUACAUGAAAACUUUUACUGACACCACGAUACCAUUUCCUUCCUCUUUCGCUGGCAUUACCAACAAGCCACAAGUUAUCGUUACUGACAAGCCGAAAGAGUUCUCUUCCCCUGAAACUUUGGAGAUGCCGUACAUCUCUCAAGAGACAAACAAGGCGAAGAUCAAAUCAAAUAAAACUUUUCGCGUUGCUGUGUUGGAACGACCAUUAUGGCAGUUGGAGGAGGAUUUUGAUUUUUCCGUUUGCGAAUAUUCAAACUGCGUGUUCAGCGGCGACAAGGUAACGCAUGAGACUGAUGUGAUUGUUGUGUACAGUCAAAAGUUGACUGAAAACUACAAGCUGCCUUCUGCGAGACCGGAUGCGCUGUAUGUGAUGGAGCUAUGGGAGCCUCCGGUUCGCACGAGUUCAACGUACAUGCGCAAUAGCUCAUCCAAAUGGAACCACAUCUUCAACCUAACCAUGACCUACAGGGUUGACUCUGAUAUAUUUGUACCGUAUGGUCAGCUAAGAAAGAAAUCAAAGCUCGGAGUAGAAAGGCCAAAUUAUUCUGACCUGACCAGAAGAAAAACUAGAUCAGUUGCCUGGUUCGUCUCUAGAUGUCAUGUUCCCUCCUUGAGAGCUGAAUACGUUAAAGAAAUGCAGAAAUACAUCGAUGUGGACAUCUACGGAGACUGCGGCAUGCCAUGCUCAAGAUCUGAAGAACCGUGUUUGAAAAACCUAACGGACAUAUACAAAUUUUACCUGUCGUUUGAAAACUCCAUCUGCAAGGAUUACAUCACAGAGAAACUGUUCAAGCUGUUCCGGCCAGGCGUGCACGUGAUUCCCGUCGUCAGAGGGGGCGGGGACUACAAGAAAUUCUUCCCCAAAAAUUUAUUCAUCAACGCGGCCGAUUUUAAAAACGCCAAAAGUUUGGCCCUUUAUUUGAAAAAUUUGACCGGCGAUGUAGACAGAUAUAGCCGGAUGUUGGAGAUGAAGGACGAGUACCAAGUUAUGGACAAACCAAACGCGAAUCAUAAGGGGGGUUUGGGUUUUGUAGGGUGUAGACUGUGUCAGUAUUUGAACACACACAAAGUUCAGCCAAAGGUUUAUGAUAUGAAGAAGUGGUGGGGUGACGAUAAAUGUACAACGCCUAAUGAUAUAGUAUAGUAUGAAACAGUAUAAUACACUCAGACACGUGAUGAAUACAUACUCACAGAUAUGUUUGAUUUAUAUAAUACAGUUUUUUUAAUACAUCAAAAACUGAUUACAAUUUUUGUCAUUACUAAACUAAUCUAUUAAAGCUGUUUAAAUGUCCCAUUUUGUAUCAUCGAGU